AUGGAGAGGAAAUUAACGCGCGAAGACUUUAUACGUAAGAGCUUCCGUGCGCCGAGAGCGGUGCAGAGCCCCGAGACACAGGGCACUAACGGUCCCCAGCCACCCCUCGUCUCCCUAGCCAUGCUGGAACGCACCCCCCAACCGACAAGAGCACAGUACGAAGUAACCGCAUCAGGAAUAGCCCCUAAACGUCUAGAAAUAAACAGAACACAUCCAAUACAUCUCAAAUCGUUCCAAACACCGGAUCCACCCGACGAAAACGGACCGAUACCACCAUCUGAUGAUGUGCUACGCAAACUGGAACGACAAAUCGGUGAAAUGGAACGUGGUUUAGAACGAGCUCAGAAUGGAAACGUAUCUGUUGACGAAAGAGUUAGAUAUGCGGAACACGAGAACUUGCUACGCACUGGGGUGUCUUCAGUAGGUGGUGGGGGUUAUCUUCCCGCGGAUUCGGACACGGAACACGAUGUUGCUCGUAUGGAACGCGUGAAGAAUUCGGUGGUUGGCACGAAGCAUGAACAUCGUGUGCUCGCCGAACAUAAAGCUGAGCCCCCGACGCGAACGCCCACCUCUCCCGUCUCCCCCAGGACUUCUGUACAGAGCGCGUCGGAAUCGUCCGCGGGCGCGGGGGGCGGCGGGUCGGGGGGCAGCGCGCGUGUCUCCUCGCGUUCCCGUACCUCGGAGGAGCCACAUAUUGGCAAGUACAAAUUAUUGAAGACGAUCGGUAAAGGUAACUUCGCGAAGGUGAAACUGGCCAAGCAUGUGCCCACCGGGAAGGAGGUGGCCAUCAAAAUCAUCGAUAAGACCCAGCUCAAUCCCGGCUCGCUGCAGAAGCUGUUUAGAGAGGUCCGGAUAAUGAAAAUGCUGGACCACCCGAACAUUGUGAAACUGUUCCAAGUGAUAGAGACAGAAAAGACUCUCUACCUCGUGAUGGAGUACGCGUCUGGCGGAGAGGUGUUCGACUACCUGGUGCUGCACGGUCGUAUGAAGGAGAAGGAGGCUCGAGCCAAGUUCCGUCAGAUCGUCUCCGCGGUGCAGUACUGCCACCAGAAGAGGAUCAUACACAGGGAUCUCAAGGCUGAAAAUCUUCUAUUAGACGGCGAAAUGAAUAUAAAGAUAGCAGACUUCGGAUUCUCCAAUGAGUUCACUCCGGGAUCGAAGUUGGAUACAUUCUGCGGCAGUCCUCCUUACGCGGCCCCUGAGCUGUUCCAAGGCAAGAAGUACGAUGGUCCGGAAGUAGACGUGUGGUCGCUGGGCGUGAUUCUGUAUACUUUGGUGUCGGGGUCUCUGCCCUUUGAUGGCUCCACGCUGCGGGAACUACGUGAGAGGGUGCUUAGGGGAAAGUACAGAAUACCAUUCUACAUGUCGACGGACUGCGAGAAUCUAUUAAAGAAGUUUCUAGUACUGAAUCCCGCGAAGAGAGCCUCUUUGGAGAACAUAAUGAGAGACAAAUGGAUGAACACUGGCUAUGAGGAGGACGAGCUGCGGCCGUACGUGGAGCCGCAACAGGAUUUUAAAGAUCACAAGCGGAUAGAGGCGCUAGUGUGCUUGGGCUACAAUAGACAAGAGAUCGAGUUCUCUUUGGCGGAGGCGAAAUAUGACGACGUCUUUGCGACGUAUUUGUUGCUGGGAAGAAAGAGUACUGAUCCGGAGUCGGACGGCAGCAGGUCGGGGUCGUCGCUGUCGCUGCGCAACGCGGCCGCGCCGCAGACGCAGCCGCAGCAAGGGAACGCGCACGCAGGUAUGUACGCGCACAUGUAUAUCCUCAACUCGAGCCUGUCUAGCGGCGGCGCGGGCGCGGGCGCGGCCGGCCGCCGGGAGUUCCCCAACCCGCUCGUCUUCCCCAGGAAUGUGCCUUCGCGGUCCACCUUCCACUCAGGUCAAACGCGAUCGCGCGGGUCGAGCGCGGGCGGCGCGUACGGGGACGGCGGCUCCCCGCACCAGGCGCGACCCUCCUUCUUCUCCAAGCUCUCCUCGCGCUUCUCCAAACGGCCAUUGGACGGUAACACUCCGAAGCAUGCGGUAGGCGCUAGCCCAGCCCUGCUUGGGCAAGGCAACGAGGAGCAGGUGAAGCCGCGCGUGCUGCGCUUCACCUGGAGCAUGAAGACCACCUCCAGCAGAGACCCUAACGAGAUCAUGGCCGAAAUACGCAAGGUGCUGGACGCCAAUAACUGUGACUACGAGCAGCGCGAGCGGUUCCUACUUCUGUGCGUACAUGGAGAUCCCAACGCGGACUCCCUGGUGCAGUGGGAGAUCGAGGUGUGCAAGCUGCCGCGACUCAGCCUCAACGGUGUGCGCUUCAAGAGAAUAUCUGAGGAAGAUAGAAAGAGAUGGUUGUAUUGCGUGAAAGGAGACGUAAUGAAGAAUGGAAUGAUGACUGAGAUGACGGAAGAUAGAGUUAUUUGGAUGAAGACACUACGGGCUUAG